AUGUCCAAAGAAGAGGCAGUCAAACUUAAGGACGAAGGUAAUGCGUUGCUCAAGCAACAUAAGUAUGCUGAAGCGGCCGAAAAAUACACCGAGGCGAUCAAGCUAGAUCCCAAAAACGCCGUUUUUUACUCCAACCGUGCCCAAGUGCACAUUUCUUUGGAAGAAUAUGGUCUGGCUAUAGCCGACUGUGACCGGGCUUUGGAAGUGGACCCAAACUAUGCUAAGGCAUAUUACCGGAAAGGUGUAUCGCUCAUGGCAUUGUUGAACUACAAAGAAGCACAGGGAAAUUUCAAGAAGAUUUUGCAAAAAUUGCCCAACGAUCGGUUGACGUUGGAGAACUACAAGCAGUGUGUGAACUACUUGAAGAAACAGGCGUUUGAGAGAGCCAUUGCAGGAGACGAUAAACGCUCGAUUCUCCACGAAAUCGACUACAGUGCUAUUGUUAUCGAAAAAAGCUGGCUGGGCCCACAUUUGGAGAUCGAGGCCCAUAAGAAGGGCGAUGACCUCAACAUUGACAUCAAGGGCUUGGAUUUGGACUACUUGAAGUACAUGAUCCAGUUGUUCAAGGAUGGCGGAAAGUUGCCCAAGAAACACGUAUUCGCCAUAGUGGCCAAGGUGUACGAGCUUUUCAAAAAGGAAAACACCAUGGUGGAAAUGUGUUUACCACACAGCAAACUUGAUGACACGAAAACACAAGACGAGAUUGCUUUGCAAGGGAAAAAAAUCACUGUUGUGGGCGACACACAUGGCCAGUUUUACGAUGUAUUGAACCUCUUUGCUCGUUUCGGCAAAGUCGAUGAAAACCACAUCUAUUUAUUUAAUGGUGAUUUUGUCGACCGUGGAUCUUGGUCUUGUGAAGUGGCUCUUUAUCUCUAUGUGCUCAAGAUUUUGUAUCCGCAAAGUGUUUUCAUCAACAGAGGAAACCACGAAACCAACGACAUGAACAAGACUUAUGGUUUCACCGACGAGUGCGAGGCCAAGUACUCGAAGAAGGUUUUCGAGGCUUUUGCUGAAUCGUUUGGUGCGCUUCCAUUGGCUUCCUUAAUCAACAGAUCCUAUUUGGUGAUGCACGGAGGACUUUUCUCCAAUGAUAAAGUCACUUUGGACGAUAUCCGCAAAAUCAACAGAUUCCCAGUGUCUGGUCUGUCCCAACCUCCACGUGACGGGCUUGCGAUGGAGCUUUUGUGGACGGAUCCUCAGCCAGAGAACGGUCGUUCGCCUUCGAAAAGAGGCUUGGGCAUUCAAUUCGGACCCGAUGUCACCGAACGGUUCUGUUUGGCCAACAAAAUCAGAAAGGUUUUGCGUUCGCAUGAAGUUAGAAUGGACGGUGUGGAAGAAGAACAUAACGGAAGGCUUAUCACUGUUUUCAGUGCACCCAACUACUGUGAUGCCACUGGAAACUUGGGUGGUGUGGUCCAUAUUGAGGAAAAUGUCAACUACGAUAAAGAAAAGGACGAUGGUGAAGGGUACAGGAAAACAGACGAUGACAAUUGUCCAUGGAAGCUUACCACAGAGACGUUUGAGGCAGUGCCACAUCCAGACUUGAAGCCCAUGGCCUAUUCGAAGAGCGGAUUCGGAUUCUGA